AUGGCCUGGGCUGUUCGAGGUGCUUUGCGGCAACACGAAAACGGACAUGCUGGUCACCCCUCACACGGCAGUCGCAAGCUGUUGGCAAAGAAGGUGCCCUCGCGUCUUCGGACGAACAAAGGGUGGGGCGGCGUGAUUCGAACAGAUCGGGACCAGUGGGGUGGCUUGACCAAAGCCUACCGCAUGCCUUUGCCCGCCGACGUGGACGACUUCAAGGUUCCUGUUUUCAGCGAGCUCAUGAAGAUGGUGAACAAUAGGUCACCUGAAGAAGCCUUGAAGCACCUGAAGGAGAAGGAGCCGUGGCGACUGAAGCGCCAGCUCGGCAUUUACUCUCCGACACCACAGUAUCAGCCACUUCAGUACAUCGAAGACAAGCCGUUCUGGCAGACCAGCAAGUUUGUAAAGAGGAAGAUGAAGAAGUACUACGAAGCGCAGCUGAUCAAGCGAAUGGAGCAGGACGGGAUCAACCUGCGAUAUCUCCCGAGCCCGAAAGAUCGUCUCGAGCUGGCAGGCACGCAGCUCUUGGGUGGCAUCAAUGGCUUCAAGGUGGAGAAGAACUCUUGGAAGAAGCUGGCAUCCAUGAGCGCAGAGGAGAUUUUAGAGGCCGCUGGUGACCAGCGAUACCUCCGAUUAAGCGCUGCCAGCAAGGACAUUCCUAUUGAUUGGCGGCCAGGCUAUCAGACCACUGCCAUCAGAGACAUGCAGCUGCAGCACAUGAAGCGAGUUGACGUGGUCAUCGAG